CUCUGUAUAAUUUCGUACCUAUUUACGAAAGCUAGGAAUCACUAUAAUACCUUUGGCCCACUUCGUUGGAAAUCGCUUCAACAUUCUGUUUUACGACGCAGCUGGAGUAAUUUUCUUACGAAAGCACAUGGAUGACUUCAUUGAGAGUGCUCAUGGAAAGGAAGCUAACCGACUGUUACGAGCUGUGUUAUCUGACCUUAGGAAUCCAAUAUAUAUCAGUGGUUGUAGAGCGCUCGGAUUAAUUGAUAAGAUCGUCACCGGUCCACUUUGGAGAAAGCUACAAGAAUCUUCAAUAUCAGUGCUAAAAAUGGGUGCUGUUUAUUGUGAGCUGAAGGAAAGAUUUGAAUUGUGGAGUAAUGAUGCACAUGAUGUAGUCGAUGGAAGUGCUCGCCUUGCAAAUGCGUGUAAGGUGCAUAUAGAUGAAGUAUGGGAUACUCUGACUCAGUCACAUGGAACAGAAUCUGAUGCCAAGACACAAGAAGUCCUGCAAUUACUUUUUGCCGCUUUUUCGAUAACGACAGGAAGGAUGCUUAUUGACCAUCUCCCUGGAGGAAAGUACCACAGUGACAAUGUUACUGGUACAGGGUUAGUGGAAGAAACCGCCACUGUUCCUACAACGAAUGUUGAUCCAGAAAGAGAUUUCGCUGUGUUGGACAGAAUGUUAUGGGAAAAGCCGAAUGCUUCUACUGUGGCCCUGGAAUCCUUCAUUUUGUAUUAGCAUAAUAGGACAACACAUUGGUUGGAGCAGCAAUCAAGUCACGACAAAGAAAAACUCUUUCAAAUGGCACGUACUCUUGCUCCAUCAAUUAGAGAAAAAUUCAAAUUAAGAACCCUCGAAAUUCUAAAACAACGUGAAGAAUCACUAGCAAAGAAGCAACAAGCAAUUGCAGCUAAACAGGCCCGCAUUAUAAGAGAGAAAGAAAAGCUUACAAAAGAUGUUGAGCAAGUGGGGCUGUGGUUAAAUAGAGGAGAUAUAGGACGAGGCCUUAAAACUGUGAAGAAUAAAACUGAAAAUAACACGGUUGCUAAAGCUACAGAUAAACUUUCGUCAUAAAGUCCUUGGCCAGACACAUUCUGAUAUAUCUGUCUUCAGAUUUUCACAAAGUGGAAGGCAAUUCACUAACGAUGAACUAAAAGAUAAUUUACACCAACUACUUCCUACAGAGAAUGAUGAUAGUUCUCCAACCAAAGCAUCGUUAGAUGACAUAGUUAAACAACCACAGUUACUCAUUGGACUAAGAAUUAAACAUCGAUUCGAGGAAGAUGGACAAAUGAUAUGGUUUUUGGGCACCGUUAAACACUUUUGCGCUCAGAGUAAAAUGUUUACUGUUUUGUACGAUGAUGAACUAGAGACUUGUAACUUUUCACUUCUUGACGAUAUUAUAAGUGGAGAUCUAUUGAUUCUUUGAUAU